AUGAAGGGUAAUAUUCCAGCACGCAUCUUCGCCAGUCAUGUUUCACUAAACUCUGUAGAUCUUUCCAACAACCUAUUUGAUGGGCAUUUUUCAUUUUUCUCCUUUGCGAAUCUUUCGAAGCUAGAAUUUAUCAAUUUUUCAAACAAUGAGAAAUUGUUUAUACAUCUUGACAGUGGAAAGUUCAUUCCCUCCUUCCAGCUACAGUACCUCAUGUUGUCACAUUGUAACCUCGAUUCAAGCAUACUUGCAACACCAAACUUUCUUGCUUCUCAAUAUGCAUUAGAACAUCUUGAUCUUUCUAGUAGUAACUUAACAGGAAAUUUUUCAAAUUGGUCGUUCGAAAAUCUGACCAAUCUAGAAAUGCUCAACUUGAGAAACAACUCAAUAAUGGGCGAAUUUCAACUCCCAAAGCAUCCAAAGACAAACAUCUUUGUUGUUGAUCUCUCUAUGAAUUCCCUCAGUGGAUCAAUUCCUGUAAAUUUUGGCACUAUGUUUCCACUGAUGAUGGCCCUAAAUUUAUCCUCAAAUAAUCUAAGUGGAAAAGUCCCUUCAUUGGAUAACAUGAGUCUAUUGGAGUACUUGGAUUUGUCCAAUAAUAAUUUAUCCGGAGAACUACCAACUCGCCUGCUGAUUGGUUGCAGUAAAUUGUUUAUCUUGAAGCUUUCCAACAACAAAUUGCAGGGGGAGCUUCCUCGAUAUCCUCAGGCUUCAUUUAUUUAUCUAGAUGGAAACAAUUUUACCGGAACAUUGUCGAGCUUUGUGUCAAACAAACAAUUUGUUGCAUUGGAUGUCCAUAAUAACCAAUUAUCUGGUGUAAUUCCAGAGGAUAUAGGACGUGUUUCCAUACUGGCAAGCCUUAACCUCGCAGGAAAUCAUUUUCAUGGUCAUAUACCACAUCAGUUAUGCAAUCUAGCAUGGCUUAGCGUGUUAGAUGUAUCCCAUAAUAGCCUCUCUGGGUCGUUACCUCAUUGCUUGCCAUCAUCCGAACUACUGCAUCUCAAGUUUACUGGGAAUGCUUUCACAGGCACAAUUCCAAGUAGCUAUUUCAGUAUUUCAUCCCUUGUGACAUUGGAUGUCAAAAAUAACCAGCUUUCAGGUAAACUGCCAAGACAGAUUGGAGAAAGAAUAUCUUUGGAGAUUCUUAUUCUCGGUGGAAAUUCUCUUGAAGGCACUAUACCAAUCGAGCUAUGCAAGAUACAGUCUCUGCACAUUCUGGACCUUUCACAAAACAAUCUUUCAGGAGGGAUACCCUCUUGCUUUGGCAAAAUGCACUUCAAGCAACUUGCUUCAAUUUAUUAUACAUAUAUGGAUCGAUAUAAUAGGCUUAACAUGAGCUUUGAUGCUCCUGGAAUGCAUUAUACGUAUACUAACCGUGACUCAAAUGAGAAACUGGUGGUAGAGCUCAACAUCAAAGGCAACUUAUGUCCCUAUGUACUGGAUCAUUCACUUCUGAUGUCUACAAUUGAUUUGUCAGCAAACAAGUUGACAGGACACAUACCGCCAGAAAUUGGAAAUCUAAACGAGCUUGUACAAUUGAAUCUAUCGCACAAUCAGCUAACGGGUCCAAUCCCAGAAACUUUCUCAAAACUUGGUCAGAUUGAGAGCUUGGAUAUAUCACACAAUCGGUUGAGUGGGGUCAUACCCUGGCAAUUGACUCAACUAACCUUCUUGGGGGUCUUCUCAGUUGCUUACAAUAACUUAUCUGGAUAUAUACCGGAUGUCAAAGGCCAACUUUCUACAUUUGAUGUGAGUAGCUAUGUAGGUAAUAUUGGAUUACAUGGGCCGCCGUUAGAGAAGACCUGCACAUCUGACUCAGGUCCAACUAAAGUAGAAGAAAACCAAGAUGAUAGCCGUGUGGUGGAUGAUGCCAUAUUCUUUGCAAUACUUGCAGCUUCUUUCGUGGCUGGCUUCUGGGGUUGCAUUGCUUUUUUGUUAUGUCAUCACUCUGGGCAGAACAUUCAAAGUAUCUUGGAUGGUUAUGUAGACUACUUGACUGACAGAAUCUUAAUGGCAGCACAUAAGCGGGCUCGCAUGCAACGGAAUCGCAGGUGAGAUAAACAGUACCUUGGGCAUUUCAGAGAAGCCCUUUUUUUGGCACUAGUCCUUUCGUAGCAAUUCAAGCAAAGCAAGCUUCUGUUUAGUGUAGUAAUAUGAAAUCUUCAAUGCCAUCUAGCUUGACAUUGUUUUUCAUGGCUUCUUCCCUAAUUUUUAUCUAGGUUCCAGUCCUAUGUAAUUUUUGAAUAUUAUAUCACUCAUGCCUUUCGACAAUCAACUGCAGGUUGUGAUGAAGAUACUUAUAUCCAAUUCUA